AGUAUUUUCUUAAACCAGUCAAAAUAGGUUCAGGUCUCUCCUAUGCGUCUCCUUUAUAAUAGAAAAGAAAAUUUAAAGUUUUGCUUAAAACAGCCUCAAGUAACACCCAAAGAAGUAAGAGAAGCAAACAAUUUUUCUUUAGAAUACUUAAAAAAAUAGAUUCACUUAAUAUUUAUUGUAAAAAAAAUGGAUUAAAGAUAUAAUAACCCUCCUUAUAGCAAUUAAUAAUAAUACUAUAAUAAUAAUACAAUAAAUAGAGUACCAAUUACAUAACAUAAUGCUUACAAUUACCAAGGAAUCAACAAUGUUCCUGGCCAAUAAAAUAGGUAUAUAAGCAUGAAUCAAUAACCAAGUAGCUAGAAUUAUCAGCAAAGAUAAUAUUACCAGCAACCAACAGUAAACUAAUAAUAGAUUUAAUAAUAACAAUAAAGAUAAUAAGCUUUUAGCUAGAAAACAAUAAGCUCGGAAGGGUUUAAGAGACUUCUGAAAACAAAAUACAUAAUGGCAAAUGAAAUUGGUAAAGGUUCAUUUGCUAAGGUAUUUAAAGGCAUAAAUAGUGAAACAGGUGAAAAAGUUGCUAUAAAAAAGAUUGACAAGAAUAAAUUUGAUAAGCAGUAUUUAGAAUUAAUUGAUAGUGAGAUAUCAGUGCUUUCUUAACUUAAUAAUGAGCAUAUAAUUAAGUUUUUAGAUCUCUUCAACGAAGGAGAUUAUAUUUAUAUUGUUACUGAGUUGUGCGAAUUGGGUGAUUUGGAAGUUUUCAUCAAAAAUAAUUUUUCGGCUACCAAACUUAGAUUGCCUGAAGAAUUAGUCAAAGUUUUCGCAUAUUAAAUACUCUUGGCUUUCUUAGGUAUAGCAGAUAUGAAUAUCAUACAUCGUGAUAUGAAACUAGCCAAUGUAUUAAUUACAAAAGAUUUUCACUUAAAAGUUGCUGACUUUGGCCUAGCCAAAUCCAGCUUUGAAAAAGAUAAAGAUUAGGUUGGUACUCCUAUGACUAUGGCUCCAGAAGUAUUAAAUAAUCUAGGAUAUGAUAGCAGAUGUGAUGUUUGGUCUGUAGGCUGUAUGAUCUAUGAAAUGCUUGAAGGCCGUGCUCCUUUUUUGCCUACGAAUAAUGGAGGUAUUGAAGAACUCAAAAGACUGAUAAAUUAAAGAUAGCUUAUUUUUAGGUAGAAUAUUUCUUAGAGUGCAUAAAAUCUAAUAGAUUAAAUGUUAACUCUCAACCCUAAAAAACGUAUUAGCUGGCAUGAAAUGUUCAACCAUGAGUGGUUUGCUGAGUGUAUAUCCUAAGGUGAGCCUUACAUUUAAAAAGUAUCAAAAGACUAUUCUAAUUUUGUUCUUAUCGAAGAGUAGCAUCUAGACCCAGAAUUUGCGUUAGAAUUUGGUUUACUUUUAAGAGAUUUCGUUAAUUAUCAUGUAGAUACUUUUUACAUAGAAAUAAAAAAAUGUAGAGAUACCUUAUCCACUUUUUAUAAUGACCCUAAAUUCCCUGCAGGUAAUAAAGGAGCCAACUAGUAACUUCUUUCAACUGUUUUAAAAAAUAUAGACAUACUAAUAGCUCUACUUUACAACCAUUAAUUUACUUUUAAAUUCAAAAAUUAAGUUGAAAUACUACAAAUCACAAAAUUCUGCAAGCAAAAAAUGCAAUUAUAAUAUAAAAAAGACUUAUACGAAUUCGCAAUAAAUAAUAAUAUAAAACCAGUAAAAUUAUAGGAAACAAUAGGAAAUGAAUUAUUUUAAUUGAGUAAUAAUGUAAUGGAAGGAGAUUUUGAUUACUUCAAAUGCAAUUUUACAUCUAUAAUUAAUCUAAUAAAUGUCUUAAGUAAUCCAACCAAAGGAUUCUUGAAAGAAAUAAUAAUAGAUGAGUCACGCCUCACAGAAGAAUAAAAUAAUCGAAUUUUAUUUAUUAAUUUUUCAAAAGCUUACUAUGAAGAAUUCAAUUCCCAAUAAGAAAUAAAUAAAUAAAUUGUUUUCAAUAGAACUUUCAUCCAAACUUAGUUUUAAGAAAAGGAAUAGAAUAGAUAUGACCAAAUAGUUUUAUUGAGUGAAAUAGUAUUUGGAUAUUAACAAGAAGUGAUAAGUCAUAAUAGCUAGAUAUAAUAAUAAUAAUAAUAUCAAUAAGAUAAAGGAAAUAGAAUCAGAGAUUAUUAAUAAAACUAUUGAAAUUUCUUUAUUAUUAAAUAAAUUCAUCAUAAAUUACUCAAAAAUAAAAUUUAGAAUUUUUAACUAAAUUUUUUCCCAAUCUUUUUUAUACAUUCAUGCAAUAAGUACUAGUAUCAAAAAUCAUAAUAACCUCUUGGUUGUAUGAAAAAAUUUAAAUUCUUAAAUGUACACUAAUAAAUAAAAAAAGCAAGCAAGCCACCGAUUAUAUUUAUUCUCUUUUUUUUUUACUUAAAAAGUAUUAUUUGUAUCUUUUUCUAUCGUUUUUAUUAUUGUAAACAAAAAAAUAAUUUGAUUUAUAUAAUUUAAGAAAUAGA